AUGCCACCUCCCCAGCGACCCGUCUCACGCAUCCUCAUCACGAACCGCGGUGAAAUCGCCAUCCGGAUUCUACAAUCGUGUCAUGAACUACCUAAUCCACCCGCCACGUUUGCCAUAUACACGGACAAUGACAGCACCCAUGUGUCACUGGGCCGGCCUCACCACGCUAUUAAAGCACCCGGCUCUUCGUCAUAUGUCAACAUUGACUACCUCAUCAGCGUGGUCAAGGAGAACCAGAUCGACGCUGUGCAUCCCGGCUAUGGCUUCCUCAGCGAGAGCGCCGAGUUCAGUCGGCGUAUGUGGACGGAGGCUGGUUGUGUGGUUGUCGGGCCUGGCUGGGAAGUCCUGGAACGGACCAGUGACAAACUGAUGGCCAAGACAUUAGCCGUUGAAUGUGAAGUGCCGGUUCUCCAAGCCAUGGACCGCCCAACGGGCUCAGUGGCUGAUGUCCGCCAGUUUGCAGGCCAGGUCGGGUAUCCGUUGAUGAUCAAAGCCGUGGACGGCGGUGGCGGACGAGGAAUCAGACUGGUCACAGGCGAAGACACUCUCGAGAACGCGGUGCAACGAUGCAUCGGCGAGUCGCCCAGUCGACUUGUCUUCGCGGAACAAGCGGCCGUCGAUGGCUUCAAGCACAUUGAAGUACAGAUCAUCGGCGACGGGAGAGGUGGAGUUAAACACCUCUGGGAACGAGACUGCAGUGUGCAGAGGAGAUUUCAAAAGAUCGUCGAAGUGGCUCCUGCCCCGGUCCAAAGACGAAAAGUCGUGGUCCAAGUCAUUGACUCGGCGGUCCGAAUGGCGAGGAAACUAAAAUACCUGGGUCUCGGGACCUGGGAGUUCCUGGUCAACGUGAAGGCGAGGACGUUUUUCUUCCUGGAAAUCAACCCCCGAUUACAGGUCGAGCAUACCAUUACCGAAUGCAUAACGGGGGUGGAUCUCGUGAAGGAACAACUUCUCCUCAUGCAAGGAAUGCAGAAAUCCGAGGACUUGAGGCUUGGAGAGUGGUGGGAAGCCGACAAAGCUCCGGCCGCAGCGUCGAUUCAAUUACGGCUCUGUGCCGAAGACCCCUUGUCAGGCUUCUCGUUGAGUAUCGGGAAAGUCACCGACAUCCAGUUUCCCAUGGGGAACGGUGUCAGAGUCGACAGCCAUUUGUCGCGCGGAGGAGUCGUCGGUUCGGACUUUGACAAUAUGAUGGCCAAGAUCAUCGUGACGGCAUCCACGUUUGAAGACGCCGUCGUCAAAGCGCGCAGGGCCCUCGAGGAUACCAAAGUCGUCGGUGUCAAGACGAAUUUGAACCUCCUCAAAGCGAUUCUCGCAGACAAGACUUUUGCAGGCGGAAACGCGGACACGAGCUGGCUGGAGAAGACCCUCGACAGCCUCGUACAAGUUGGCGAGCGGCUCGCGAGUCAGACCGAGAAGCGUGACGCAGAACUGCCGACUCUAUCACUCAGCAACGCCAACCAGGCGUCGGGGAUGGGCGGAUCAGGGACAGUCUUCCGAAAAGGAGACGCCUGGUCCGUUGUCCUCGAGCAAGCGGGACAGUCGUCGACGAACAAACCACCGGCGCACCAUCUCAGUAUCGUCCGCGUGACAAGGAACGAAUUCCCCGACGCCCUGAUCGCUGAUGUCUCGUAUACGGUCCCCGGUGUGAAGCCGCAAUCCUACAAGAUGACGCUGAACAGCACGUCGGCGUCCGCGGACGCGACGGCUUCGGCGCAUCGGCGUGGCGAUCCGAACAAUAAAGCACACAUUGUAUUGCCGAUCAGUGGGAAGUUGAUCGAGGUGUUGGUUAACGAGGGCGAUAUGGUCCGGGAGAACGAGGUGAUUGCUUUCGUCAAGCAGAUGAAGAUGGAGUUGGAGAUAAGGAGUCCAAGGGCCGGGACGGUCAAGUGGGCGAUUGAAUUGGAUAAUGAGGAGGAAGGGGAUGAUGUGGCGGAGGGGAUAUUGUUGGUUGAGUUAGAGGAUGACGACGCGAAGAAGCCGGAGAUUAGAUCUAGAUUGUAA